UUGAUAUCGUUGUUCCCCUUCCCCUUUUCCGCAGAGGAAAUGUAUUUUCUUCUACAGUUUACUAACCUUACAGUAGGUGGCGGCAGAGAGGUUAUAUUUGUGUAAAUGUCAGUAUACCAGAGAAGAAGAUGACGGUGUUGCAUUGUCGAGGUGGGGAACAGGAAGUUCCGGGUCGAAACGACAGAGCUGUGCUGUUGUGUCGAUAGUGGUUGUGUCCGUUUCAAAUGUAUCAUUGUAGACCGACUCAGAUUAAGUCUGAGGCCGUUAACAUCAACAGUGAGGACAAACCCAGCCUGCCACUCUCCUUCCACAAGGAGUCCAAACCUACAGUCACUGUGUCCUGAUUGUGACAGUGGAGCCUAGUUUGCACUGCAGGAUCCAGAGAUGGCAUCAGUGAAGCUGGAAGACUGCAGUCAAACACUGGAGCUGAAUGCCAACAUUAAAGAUGAAGAAGAGGAGGAGAAGAUUAGGACAACUGUUAGUCAUGACCGACUCAGAUUAAGUCUGAGGCCGGUAACAUCAACAGUGAGGACAAACCAAUCCUGUCACUCUCCUUCCACACUGAGUCCAAACCUACAGUCACUGGGUCCUGAUUGUGACAGUGGAGCCCAGUUUGCUCUGCAGGAUCCAGAGAUGACAUCAGUGAAGCUGGAAGACUGCAGUCAAACACUGAAGCUGAAUGUCAUCAUUAAAGAUGAAGAAGAGGAGGAGGAGAUUGGUACAUCUGUUAGUCAUGACCGACUCAGAUUAAGUCUGAGGCCGUUAACGUCAACAGUGAGGACAAACCCAGCCUGUCUCUCUCCUUCCACACUGAGUAGAAACCUACAGUCACUGGGUCCUGAUUGUGACAGUGGAGCCCAGUUUGUACUGCAGGAUCCAGAGAUGGCAUCAGUGAAGAUGGAAGACUGCAGUCAAACACUGGAGCUGAAUGUCAACAUUAAAGAUGAAGAAGAAGAGGAGGAGAAGAUUAGGACAACUGUUAGUCAUGGAGACCGUGUUGAGACAUUCCCUACAUCCAGAGAGACACAGCAGGAAGAUCACAGACCUAAGAGGUCUCACCACUGCCCACAUUGUGAGGAGAAUUUUCCAAUUCUAUCAAAGCUAAAAGUACACUUAAAAAUACACACAGGAGACAAUCUGUAUUCCUGUACUGACUGUAGGAAGAGAUUCACAACAUCAAGGGCUCUGACACUUCAUCAGAGAGUGCACACAGGAGAGAAGCCUUACUCCUGCUCGUACUGUGGAAAAUGCUUCACAACAUCGUCUGAGUUAACAGUUCAUCAGAGAACACACACUGGAGAAAAGCCUUAUAUCUGCUCUGACUGUGGGAAGAGUUUUUCUCACCUGUGUAACUUUAAAGCACACCAACGUAUACAUGCAGGAGAGAAGCCGUUCUCCUGCUCUGACUGUAGGAAGAGUUUCUCCCACCUGUGUAACUUUAAAGCACACCAACGUAUACAUGCAGGAGAGAAGCCGUACUUCUGCUCUGACUGUAGGAAGAGUUUCUCCCACCUGUGUAACUUUAAAGCACACCAACGUAUACAUGCAGGAGAGAAGCCGUUCUCCUGCUCUGAGUGUGGGAAGAGUUUCUCUCAACAGAACCAUUUAAAAUCACACCAACGUAUACACACAGGAGAGAAGCCUUACUACUGCUCUGACUGUGGGAAGAGUUUCUCUCGAUUGGAUACUUUAAAAUCACAUGAACGUAUACAUACAGGAAAGAAGCGUUACUACUGCUCCGACUGUAGGAAGAGUUUCUCCCACCAGGGUAGCUUAAAAAAACACCAAUGUAUACACACAGGAGAGAAGCCUUACUCCUGCUGUGACUGUGGAAAAUGCUUCACAACAUCAUUUGAUCUAAAAGUUCAUCUGAGAACACACACUGGAGAAAAGCCUUACAUAUGCUCUGACUGUGGGAAGAGUUUCUCUCAACAGAGCAACUUAAAAACACACAAACGUAUGCAUAAAGGAGAGAAGCCUUACUACUGCUCUGUGUGUGGGAAGAGUUUCUCUCAACAGAGCAACUUAAAAACACAUGAACGUAUGCAUAAAGGAGAGAAGCCAUACUACUGCUCUGUCUGUGGGAAGAGUUUCUCUCAACAGAGCAACUUAAAAACACACCAACGUAUACAUAAAGGAGAGAAGACUCAUCAGUUCUCUCAGACCAGCUAAGAUUAAAAUCACUCCCAUCACUCAAUUUUCAUCUCAUUGCUUGACUUGGACUGAAAUAGGUGCUGGUACUGUUUUGUAUUUAGCUUCCACAACAUACAUCAUUCAUAAGUAAAUUGUCUGUUUAUAAAAUAUAAAUUGGUAUGUGUUAUUCACUGACAUGUGGACUUAAACUUCAUUGUGUUCUGUGACAUUUUAAUCACUGCGUUGUAGAGAUGAUCUCUUUAUCUAUGUAUGUUGCUAUUGUGAGGUUAACACACGUCUAGCAGAUUUAAUCAGUCUGUCAUAGGUUGUUAUUCUAUUCGUAUUAUACGGUAAUUCAUCAGUUCUGCCCCACAAAGGAAAAUGCCAAUAAACUCCCGUGAUGCACUU